UAGAAAUUUGUUUCUAACACUUGAAAUUUCAAAAAGUAAAAUAUAAAAACAUAUUCCUUCAUAGGGCAGAGUAAAACUUAAUUUAAAAUCUUCCUUUUUUCACUUUCCCAAAAAAAUUCAAAAAUACACAUCCAUCGAUUGUUAUAACGGUCACAAACCAUAGAUUUAAACGGAACCACCUAAUUCUAACGUCGUUAUUUCACCUCUAUUUCUAAACGACAUCAUCUUGUCUAAUAACGCCGUUAAUUUCACGCCCUUUUUUAACACCACUUUCUCUCUCUAGAAAAAACAAAAACAAAAACAAAAACAAAUCAUCGUCUUCUCUGUUUAUCUAUCACUCUUACGCAGUUCACUUAUUUCCAUAUUUUGAAAUCUUCUCCAGCAAGUUUUCGCCGGCCAUUAAAAUCGAGGUACGUAUUUGAAGAGGAUACAUAUUUUUUUUGAGAUUUUUUGUUGGAGUGAGGAAUUUGCAAUGGAGAACAGAAGAAGAGGAGGUGGAGGUAAUGGAGAGGUUAAUAUAGUAUCGCCGGCUAGAACGCCGAGGUCGAUGGAUAAGUCGACGAGAGAUCUGAGGCCGGAUACGUCGAAUUCGAGUAAAAAUGAUCGAGAGAAAGGUGUAAAUGUUCAGGUUAUUGUGAGAUGCAGGCCUUUGAAUGAAGAUGAGAAGAAACUUCAGAUACCAGUUGUUAUUACUUGUAAUGAGAUCAGAAGAGAGGUUUCUGCUGCUCAAUUGAUAGCUAAUAAGCAGAUUGAUAGAACAUUUACAUUUGACAGGGUUUUUGGUCCAACAUCAAAACAAAAGGAUUUGUUUGAUCAUGCUGUACACCCUAUUGUUAAUGAAGUGCUGGAGGGUUAUAAUUGCACUAUCUUUGCCUAUGGUCAGACGGGUACGGGGAAGACGUAUACUAUGGAGGGAGGAGCUAGAAAAAAGAAUGGGGAAUUCCCAAGUGAUGCAGGGGUCAUUCCCCGAUCAGUUCGUCGAAUCUUUGACAUAUUGGAAGACCAACAAGCUGAGUACAGCAUGAAAGUCUCCUUCUUGGAGCUGUACAAUGAGGACUUAACCGAUCUUCUAGCCCCUGAGGAAUUGUCAAAGUUCGUUGAUGAUAAGUCGAAGAAGCCAUUGGCACUUAUGGAAGAUGGUAAAGGAGGCGUGUUUGUCCGAGGCUUGGAGGAAGAGAUGGUGACUACUGCAGAUGAAAUUUACAAAAUCUUAGAAAAGGGUUCAGCAAAGAGGCGUACAGCAGAGACACUGCUAAACAAACAAAGUAGUCGAUCACACUCUAUAUUCUCAAUUACAAUUCACAUCAAAGAGUUUACCCCGGAGGGCGAGGAAAUGAUUAAAUGUGGAAAGCUAAACCUUGUGGACCUUGCUGGUUCGGAGAAUAUUAAUCGGUCUGGUGCUAGGGAGGGCCGAGCAAGGGAAGCCGGAGAGAUCAACAAGAGCUUACUUACACUUGGUCGAUGCAUCAAUGCUCUAGUUGAACACUCUGGUCAUGUUCCAUUCAGAGAUAGCAAAUUAACAAGAUUAUUGAGAGAUUCCUUGGGAGGGAAGACAAAGACAUGUAUAAUUGCAACUAUAGCUCCAUCAGUUCCUUGUCUGGAGGAGACCCUUAGCACUUUGGACUAUGCAUACCGCGCAAAGAAUAUCAAGAACAAGCCAGAGGUCAACCAAAAGAUGAUGAAGUCUGCAUUGAUGAAAGAUCUGUACUAUGAGAUUGAACGGCUCAAGCAAGAGGUGUAUUCGGCAAGAGAGAAGAAUGGAAUCUAUAUCCCACGUGAUCGUUAUCUUCAAGACGAAGCAGAAAAGAAGGCUUUGACAGAAAAAGUGGAGAAAAUGGAGCUAGACAUGGAUACCAAGGACAAGCAACUAGCGGAACUUCAGGAACUCUAUAAUUGUCAGCAGCAGUUGUCUGCAGAGUUGAGUAAUAAACUCGAAAUGACACAGAGAAAGCUCGAGGAAACAGAGCAUGCAUUAUCUGAUCUUGAAGAGAAGCAUAGACAAGCAAAUGCAACAAUCAAAGAGAAGGAAUUCAUAAUAACUAAUCUCCUGAGAUCAGAGAAAGCCCUUGUUGACCGAGCAAUUGACCUACGGGCAGAACUGGAGAGUGCUGCAUCAGAUAUCUCUAGCUUAUAUGCAAAGAUUGAGCGAAAGGAUAAAAUUGAGGACGGAAAUAGGAUUCUUGUUCAGAAAUUCCAAUCUCAGUUGACGCAGCAGCUUCAAGCACUGCAUAAAUCUGUUGAUGCUUCUGUCACCCAGCAAGAAAAGCAAUUGAAAGAUAUGGAAGAUGAUAUGCAAACUUUUGUAUCAACUAAAGCAGAGGCUGCUGAGGAUUUAAGGCAACGACUUGAAAAGCUGAAAACCAUGUAUGGCUCCGGCAUCAAGGCAUUGGACAGUUUAGCUGGAGAACUAGAAGGAAAUUCAGAGUUGACAUUUGGAGAUUUGAAUUCGGAAGUAUCUAAACAUUCAUCAGCCAUUGAAGAGCUUUUUAACCAAUUUGCUAAUGAGGCUGAUGCAUUGCUGAAUGGGCUUCAAAGAGGUCUGAAUGAUCAGGAAGAGAAGAUAGUGGCAUAUGCUCAAAAGCAGAGUGAGGCACAUUCCAGAACUGUGGAGACCACUCGCUCCAUUUCUAAAGUUACGCUGAACUUUUUUAACACGUUAGACACACAUGCAUCCAAACUGACUUGUAUUGUAGACGAAGCACAAACUGUAAAUGAGCAAAAGUUAUCUGAUUUGCAAAGAAACUUUGAGGAGUGUGCUGCAAAGGAAGAGAGGGAAUUAUUAGAAAAAGUGGCAGAACUCCUUGCAGCUUCCAAUGCUAGGAAAAAGGAACUGGUUCAAGCAGCAGUAACUGGUCUUAGAGAGAGUGCAGCCUCCAGGACUAGUCAACUUCAGCAAGAAAUGUCAACUAUGCGAGAAGAUACUUCAACUGUCAAGGACAACUGGACAGUGUAUGUGGAUGUAACCGAGUCUCAGUAUCUUGAGGAUACUUUUGCUGUAGAAAAUGGAAAGAAAGGCCUUGAAGGAGUCUUGCAUAGCUGUUUGGACAAGACAAAGAUGGGAGCACAACAGUGGAAGGAUGCGCAACAAUCAUUGCUUAGCCUUGAAAAGAGCAAUAUUUCUUCGAUUGACAAAAUUGUCAAGAGAGGGAUGGAAGCUAAUCAAAGGCUCCGGACAAAGUUUUCUUCUUCUGCAUCAUCUACAAUAGAAGAUGUAGAUGUCACUAACAAGGAUCUCCUUGCCUCUGUUGACCAUUCUUUGCGACUGGACCAUGAUGCACGGGACGAUCUUGACUCUAUCAUUGCUCCUUGCUGUAAAGAUGUUAGGGAAUUGAAGAGUGGCCAUCACCAUAAGAUCGUUGAGAUCACGGACCAUGCAGGAAAAUCUCUCCUAACUGAAUAUAGGGUGGAUGAACCAACUUGCUCGACUCCAAGGAAGCGGCCAAUCAACCUACCUAGUGUGACAUCAAUAGAAGAACUUAGAACACCUGCCUUCGACGAUUUGUUGAAGUCAUUUUGGGAUCUAAAGUCUGGAAAGCAAGCAAAUGGUGAUGUAAAACAUAUAUUCGGACAAAUUGAGGGUGCUCAGUCUGUAAGAGACCCCAGGCUUCCUCUCACUACUAUCAACUAGAGUGAGGUAAGAGCACAUUUUGGAUAUUAGAUGCAUAUAUAGCAUUAUGCAGAAACAAUGUACAGUAUGUAUAUGAACCAUGUAACACCUAUUUCCUUUAUUCGUUCAUUGUUUGUUGAUUAAAUUUCAACGUGUAUUCGAGAACACAUUGUAGAAAGAGUAAAAAAUCAAGAAUCAUUGUAGUGGAAGUUUUCACGAGGAAUAUUGGUGUUUGUUUACUUUUCCUAUGGGUAAAUUUUGAAUCUCAUUUAAAUGUUGUUUCA